GCUUGACGUUUGUGCCAGUGGCGUCCAAACUGUUGGUAAAAAGUCAGGCAUGCAAAUUGCGUUUCCUUUGGAUUACAGCCGUUUGAGGUGUAGCUGGGGAACUUUCCCUUCUCUUGUGUUGUGUUGUGUUUUGUUUUACUCUGUUUUUUGCUGUGAGCUUCAAGUCUUGGUUUGCGUAUUUUCUUUUCUCUUGUGUGUGGAGUCAGCAGUCAUUUGUGAUACCUCUGCAGGCGGGCACCAGCAUGAGCUUCCCCAAGUUAUGUAGCCUAAUACGAUUGGAUCUCUAAGAGCAAUUCAGGUGAAUACCUGUCUCAGAGAUACAGCAGCAGCGACCUGCCCAGGACCCUAACCCACAGCCUUCUGGUUACAAGGCGCUUCAUGGGGCUCUACGGAGGAGUUCUCGUCUGUGUACCCCUCACCGCCCACUUCAGCGUGUCCUCCACAGAAAUCAUGACCCUUGUGUUAACUCAAUGGCCACUGAUAUGGAUGUUCACUCACUUUAACAGACCGUAAAGAGAACAGACCGCUGACGGAGGAAUGUAUCUGUGCCUUGCGCGGUCUCUGGAGGAUCUCUGAUCACCAGGACAGGGGAAGAUAACCACAGCGGUGGACGCCAGCGAGGAGGGAUCGUUGCUCUUCUUGUUUUUCCUUUCCCUGGGAACAGAGUGUUCUCUCCAGCUCUCGUGCACAUGCCGGCAACCAUGGCCCCCCAGAGUGCUGGCUCGGACCUGGUUCCAGUUCCAGCGCGGGACGUGGUGGUGGUCCCGGUUAAGGAGCCAGAGAGCCCGGAUGGAUCGGUGAGCGAGGGCUCCGUCAACCGGAUCCCCAUGCGGAAAUGGGUCAUGCACGGAGCCGUCAUGUUUGGGCGCGAGUUCUGCUACGCCAUGGAGACAGCUCUGGUCACGCCAGUGCUGCUGCAGAUAGGUCUUCCAGAGCAGUACUACAGCCUGACGUGGUUCCUGAGCCCCAUCCUGGGCCUGAUUUUCACCCCCCUGAUUGGCUCAGCCAGCGAUCGCUGCACUCUGAAAUGGGGGCGGCGCCGGCCUUUCAUACUGGUACUCUGUGUGGGCGUGCUGCUGGGUGUGGCGCUCUUCCUCAAUGGUUCCCUCAUAGGUCUGGCCAUUGGGGACGUGCCGGGCAGCCAGCCUAUUGGUAUCGUGCUGACGGUGCUGGGCGUGGUGGUGCUGGACUUCUGCGCCGAUGCUGCCGAGGGGCCAAUCAGGGCCUACCUGCUGGACGUAGCCAGCACUGAUGAACAGGACAUGGCUCUCAACAUCCACGCCUUUGCAGCCGGGCUUGGAGGAGCAGUGGGAUACAUGUUGGGGGGCCUGGACUGGACCAACACGCUGCUAGGAAAAGCCUUCAGGUCUCAGGAGCAGGUUCUCUUCUUCUUCGCCUCCAUCCUGUUUGUCGUCUCUGUGGGACUGCACCUGUUCAGCAUCAAGGAGCAGAGGUACUGCUCACUGCAGGGCAGUCUGGAGGAUGAGGCCGACGCCUCUUCCUCCGCUUCGCCCUCGUCCCCGCAGCAGGACACGAUCGCUGAGCAGCCGCCUGGCUCCCCGUUUCAGCAGGACAGCAGCGGCUUCCUGGCCGUGGACCUAGUGAGGAGCAAGAGUGACUCCAUGUUGGCCAUGCCCAACACCACGCCGGUGCUGGAGCUGGACCAGGAGCCCCUCUUCCUGAGCGAGAUCGAGCCCUCUCUCUUCCAGGACGCCCCGCCCUCCGCUGCCGGGACCCCUCCCCGGAGGAGCAGCAGCGUGGGCGGCCCGGAGGCCCUGCGCCCCCUCCUCACCCUCCACGCCGCCAGGCAGCAAGAGCCCCGCAAGGGGGAGGAGCCGCGGCCCGGCACCCGGCCGUUCGGCGGACAGCCCAACGGAGAGAUGGCCCUGGCGGUCGGGCCGCCGCGGGCCGGCGCGAGGCCGUGCGGGGCGUUGGUCCGCCGCCGGCGCCACCACUCCUUCUACCGCCAGCCCUCCUUCACCUUCGUCUACCCCGGCCGCAUCGGCUACCGCCAUUGCCGCCGCCGGCAGACCUACAGCGCCGCGACCAUCAAGCCCUCGCGCAGCAUGGGCGACAUCUACGAGAUGCAGCGCCGCCACUUCAAGCAGCAGCAGGAGCAGCAGCAGCGCGCCCGCGGGCGUAAGCGGCGGGGCGUGGACGCCCACCCGCUCAAGGACGACGAGGAGAGCGAGGAGGGCGAGACGGAGACCACGGUGCGCCUGCUCUGGCUCUCCAUGCUGAAGAUGCCGCCCCAGCUGCUGCGCCUCUGCAUAUGCCACCUGCUCACCUGGUUCUCCAUCAUCGCCCAGGCCGUCUUCUACACCGACUUCAUGGGCCAGGUCAUCUAUGGGGGCAGCCCCACGGCUGUAGAAAACUCCACUGCCCAGCAGGACUACCAAAGAGGGGUGCAAAUGGGCUGCUGGGGGCUGGUUAUCUACGCUGCCACUGCAGCCAUCUGCUCAGCUUUACUUCAGAAGUACUUGGACCAUUACGAUCUCAGCAUCAAGAUCAUCUAUAUCCUGGGCACGCUGGGCUUCUCAGUUGGCACGGCCACCAUGGCCAUCUUCCCCAAUGUCUACGUUGCCAUGGUGAUGAUUAGCACCAUGGGGGUCAUCUCCAUGAGCAUCUCCUACUGCCCGUACGCCCUUUUAGGCCAGUACCAUGACCUGGAUGAGUACAUUCAUCACAGUCCUGGGAACUCCAAGCGAGGGUUUGGCAUAGACUGCGCCAUCCUCACCUGCCAGGUGUACAUCUCCCAGAUCCUGGUGGCCUCAGCACUGGGAGCAGUGGUGGACGCGGUGGGCACCGUGAGGGUCAUUCCCGUGGUGGCCUCUGUGGGCUCUUUCCUUGGCUUCCUCACCUCUACAUUUCUGGUCGUCUACCCCAACCCACAGGAUGAGGACAAGAACGACGAGGACGAGGACGAGGAAGAGCAGGAGCAAGACCUGGUGCCAACUUAGCUGGGCAAGAGCAAUGCCACUUAUAAACAAAGAGUCCUCAUGCUUUUGCACAAGUUGCCCCCCCCCCCCCCCACCAGCCUGUGACAGUCAGUUUUGACAGUCAAAACCCAAGAUACAGCAAUAGCAGGAAGCUUAUAGCCCUGUGGUCUUUGCCAAUGCCCCUGAGGGCCCCCAGACGGCAUUUGAUGUAGUGGCCAGGG